GGCCACAUCUUCCGCCACCAUCCUCUGCCCUCACCUCUAUACCCUUCUUUUCGGGAGACGUCCCUUCCUCGCCGAGUUUCUCUGUACAUUUUCCACAGACAGCCAUCCAUAUCCCAGAAUAGAAGUCUUCUGACCCAUUCGCAGCGACUCACGAUGGUGGCGAGCAGUCUGACAUGCGCGCGCACGAGCGACUCCGAACGAUUGCCUUUGGAGUCCAAAUACGAAUGCGUGUGCAAGCAAAGAAGCCUCAAACUGCUGCUCUUCCCUUGGAGAAGUGCGUGGAUUAGAGGUUGGAAAUGGCGCAAUGCUUUGCUGCUCGAUGCUGUGCUGGGCAGACGCCUCGCAUGGUCGGUCUUUGCGACCGCGGCGGUUUUCCACCUGAUUGCGUGCAACUGCUGUUCUGCACCAAUGCCCCCAACGAAGCGAAGGGUUGGAUCGCACUUGCAGCACCUUCGACGCCUGCAGCAGCCGCGGUCGCACUGAGGUGUGCAGCAGCGCGCUUGAAGUGUCUAGGACGAAUCAAGCGGCAAAGUGCAGACCCGAAGCCGAAGGGGCGAUGCUGUGUGAAUGGAAAGAAAAAGAUGCUCAUCAAAUCGAAAGCGUGAGUCGUGACUCAUCACGACUGCGAGCCUAUAAUAAUGACCAGCAA